AUGGUUCAUCGAAAGAAAACCCCAAGACUCCCAGGAGAAGGUCCCCCAUUAGCACAUCUAGAAAAUCUCCUGAGUGAAUUUGAGAUUAAUAAGAAAGUGGAACCGGAAGGAAAAGCCAUAAUUGGGUACCAAAGACGCAAUAAGAACCCUGAAACUACCACUAUGAAAAUCCGCAGAGAUAAUUUUGACAAUGUAAUCCAACAAGUUGAUCAACAGAUUGUAGAAGAGAUAGGUAAUCAAGAACAUAAUCAAGGUGGAGAAGAGGAAUCACCUGAAGAAGAAGAAGAAGAAGAAGAAGAAGAAGGAGACAAGGACGAAGAAAAUGACAAUGAAGAAGAUGAGGAAGAAGGAGGUAAGGAUAGAAAAAAUAAAUAUGAAAAAUCAAAGGAGGACUCGGAGGAAGAGGAAGAGGAAAAGGAACAAGGAUAA